AUGGAGGAAGUCAUCACUACAAAGCAGUUCAGCAAGACAUUACUGGGAUGUGAAAUCCACUUCUACAUCUUGAGAAUGAAGCAAAGUGUCCUAGUCUGGAUUGGUAGAAUUUCAUCCUUUAAACAUUUGUCUGUGGCCAUGAAAAGUCGUCUGGACUCCCAGCCAAUAAGCAGUCAACUUAUCGGUGACUCGACAGACACAUCAUCUUCAAAUUUAUCUAGAGUUCUAGCUCUCAAGGGUGGAUGUCAGUGUUUUGUGAGUGUGAACAUUGCUGACGAGUCUGUGCGGUUACUAGCCGAAGAACACAUCAGUGAACUGUGUGUUAAACAUCCUGAACUGUUCUCUUUUUGAUACUCAAUCAAUGUUAAUUCUCAUUGGAUGAUCAUGAUUUCAUCGUACUCAC